AUGGACGGCGGCCAGGUCAUCGUUCACUCCGCUGUUCGUCUCCCUUCGCCACAAUCACGAGAGCCGACUCCUCCACCGGCGAUAUCUUCGAAACGUAAACGUACAUCCCGCUCUCCGACUUCUCCUCCACGCGAUAAUGAACGGCGGCGGUCUCCACCGCAUCGUCGUAUGCGCAAUGACUUUGGUCUGCCGGACGUCGACCCUGAACGCGCCGCAGAGCGCAUCCGACAGCUUGAGGCGCGUUCUGCGAUGAAGGAUGAGCCCGCAAAACCAGCUUUUGACCCAAAAGCCGAAUAUGAGAAGUUGCUCACUAUGCGAAGUGGGGGAACUUAUAUUCCUCCAGCACGUCUCCGGGCCCUACAAUCGCAAAUUACGGACAAGACGUCGAAGGAGUACCAGCGGAUGGCCUGGGAACAGCUGAAGAAGUCGAUCAAUGGCCUUAUAAACAAGGUCAACACCUCUAAUAUCAAAAGCAUUGUCCCUGACCUGUUCCAAGAAAAUUUAAUCCGUGGGAGGGGACUUUAUUGCCGGUCAAUCAUGAAGGCCCAAGCUGCAGCCUUGACAUACACGCCUGUCUAUGCUGCAAUGACCGCUAUCAUUAAUACCAAACUACCUCAGGUCGGAGAGCUUUUAGUCAAGAGACUAGUGAUACAAUUCAGGAAGGCAUUUAAGCGAAACGACAAGGCAGUGUGCCUUUCUUCAACAACGUUCAUCGCCCAUCUGGUCAAUCAACAAGUCGCACACGAGGUCCUAGCCCUGGAAAUUCUCAUGUUGCUGUUGAUGCAAAACGCAACUGAUGACUCCGUUGAAAUCGCGGUUGGUUUCAUGAGGGAAGUUGGCGCCUAUCUGGCAGAAAUGUCGACUAAGGCGAACGAAGCAAUCUACGAUGCUUUCCGAAAUAUCCUUCACGAAUCCUCGAUCGAUAAACGUGUCCAGUACAUGAUUGAAGUGUUGUUCCAAGUACGCAGGGAUAAAUAUAAAGACAACCCGAUUGUUCGUGAGGAGUUAGAUCUCGUGGAGGAAGAGGACCAAAUCACCCACCAGAUCAAUGUCAGUGACGACUCUAUUGAAUCCCAAGAUACUCUCAACGUCUUCAAAUUCGACCCCCAUUACGAAGAACACGAAAACCUUUACAAGCGUACAAGAGCGGAAAUCCUUGGGGAGGAAUCCGGUAGCGAAGGCGAGGAUGGGUCGGACGAGGAAGAUGAGGAAGAAUCGGAUGAAGAGCAAGACGAGAAAGAGAAACAACUUCUUAUCCAAGAUCAGAGCAAUACUAAUCUUGUCAACCUCCGACGUACAAUAUACCUUACUAUCAUGUCCUCUAUCGACUUUGAGGAAUGCUGCCAUAAGCUCAUGAAAAUCACAUUACCGCCUGGCCAGGAACCAGAACUAGUCUCUAUGAUUGUUGAGUGUUGUUCGCAGGAGCGUACCUAUGCGAAAUUCUACGGCAACAUCGGUGAAAGAUUCUGCAAGCUCAACCGCCUCUGGCAAGACCUUUUUGAGAAAUCCUUUACGAACUACUACGAAACUAUCCACCGUUAUGAGAUCAAUCGUCUCCGAAAUAUUGCUCGAUUCUUCGGUCACCAGCUUGCGAAUGACGCCAUUGGUUGGCAGAGCUUAAAUAUUAUCCACCUCAAUGAGGAAGAGACAACCUCCUCUUCCCGUAUUUUUAUCAAGAUCUUGUUUCAAGACUUGGCCGAGCAGAUGACAAUGAAGAAGGUUGUCGAACGGCUGAAUGAUCCAUUCCUUGCUGAGAGCUUCGCAGGGUUGUUCCCCCGUGAUAACCCCAGAAACACUAGGUUUGCGAUCAAUUACUUUACUAGCAUUGGGAUGGGAGCGGUUACAGAAGGCCUCCGCGAGUUUCUCCAAAGUUUGCCAAAGCAAGCUGUACCUGCUUUGCCCGUCCCGAGACAGGAUAGCGACGAUGAGAGCGAUCGGGGGCGUAGCAAAUCUCGAAGCUCUAGCUACACUAGAAGCAGCUAUUCUAGGAGCCGGAGCGCAAGGAGUGCAAAAAGUUACAGCUAUUCCAGGAGCCGUAGUAGGAGUAGGAGUUACGAUAGUCGGAGCCCGGGCAGAGGAAGAAACACGAAGCGCCGUAGCUAUAGCAAGAGUAGUAGGAGCUAUAGUUCGAGGUCCCGAAGUUAUUCCAGUUCGAGGUCUAGGUCGAGGUCCAAGGAGGCCAAGAAGAAUUCGAAGCUUGGCCGAGAUGAUGGUGACCGCAAGGGCCGGGGUAGGGAUCGGAGCUACGACAGCUACUCGAGCCGAAGCCGAAGUCGGUCACACUCUAAGUCGAGGUCGCCUCCGAAGAGGACGAACAGACGCGCGAGUCCAAGCCGCAGCAGAAGUCCGCCGCCAGCUAGAGGAAAGGACAACCACCGCCGACGAAGUCCUAGUUACGAUGAUAGGUCUCCGCCGAAACGAGGUGGUGCGAGAGAUCGCAGCCCCGAGCCGUCUCGACGAGCCCGAGAUCAUAGUCGACAGCGGUCGUUUUCGCCACGGAGAGACCGUGGAAGCAUGGAUAUCGACCGACAGGAGUCAACCAGAGAUAGCGGACGUGGUGGAGGCGCGGGCAGAGCAAAAGCAUCAGAUUUCCUGUGA